UUGCUGUGCCAGGUAUCACAAUGCUAUUAGGUAAUAAUUAUUAAAAGUACUGCUUUGCAGAUGAUUGAAACUAUAUGUACAGCCCUAAAACAAACAGGUGGGCAUUUCCCCUUCUGGCAAUGAAAUAGAUCAUUUUAGCUAACCAAGUGAUGGAACACAGUUCUUUAUGCACACAACCUGAACACAGAGUGGUCAGUAAGAUGUUUUCCAUAACACGUGAGCUUUCUGUUGGUAAACACUACUCCUCUAUAAUAUUGAGUCAUUUAGGAGAACAAUAAAUUUUUUAUAAUCUGUUGUUUCCCCAUUCUGGUUCCUUCAUUACCCUUUUCUACAGAGAUCAAGAAGGGAAGAUAAUGGACACAUCCAAUACCAGCUCAGGUGAUCAGUUCAUUUUGCUGGGCUUUUCUGAUCAACCCCAACUGGAGCCCAUUAUCUCUGUGACUGUUUUGCUCUUCUACGUCAUGACUCUCCUAAACAACACAGCGAUUAUCCUGGUGUCUUUUCUGGACAGCCGACUUCAUACACCCAUGUACUUCUUCCUCAGUAACCUCUCAUUUUUGGAUAUCUGUUACACAACUAGCAUCGUUCCCCAGAUGCUGAUAAAUCUGUGGGGGCCAAACAAAUUGAUUACUUAUGUAGGUUGUAUUCUACAAUUCUUCUUUGCCUUUGACUUUGGUGCAACAGAAUGCCUUUUAUUGGCUCUCAUGGCCUAUGAUCGCUAUGCAGCAGUCUGCCAACCCCUGCACUACAUGGUUAUCAUGAAUCCACGGGUUUGUAAGAAGAUGGUAGCAGCAUCAUGGCUGACUGGUCUGUGUGGCGCCCUGAGUAUGUGCUCCUUUGCUUUUACGCUGCCGCUAUGUGGUCACAUAGUGGAUAACUUCUUUUGUGAGAUGCCUGCCUUUCUUAAGAUAGCCUGUGAGUACACCAAAGUGGUGGAUGUUACCAUUUACACACUUGGAGUAAUUUACCUUCUUUUGCCACUAUUGUUCAUUCUCAUCUCAUAUGGAAUCAUCACACAAGCUGUAACUAAGAUCAAGUCAGGCGGAGGAUGGAAGAAGAUGCUUAACACCUGUGGCUCUCACCUCACUGUGGUCAGCCUCUUUUAUGGCAGUGCCAUCUACAUGUACUUGCAACCAAAGAAAGGUUCCACAUACCAAGUGGAUAAAUUUCUUACCCUCUUUUACACCAUUAUCACCCCAAGUCUUAAUCCACUAAUAUAUACUCUGAGGAAUAAAGAUGUCAAAAGGGCAUUAAAAUGGCUUUUUAUAAAAAUUCAGAGUUCAGGGAGUUCCCACUGUGGCACAGUGGGUUAAGGAUCCAACUGCAGGACCUCAAGUCACUGGGUAGGUGGGAAUUCAAUAUCCAGCAUCAUGCGAAGGGUUAAAGGACGCAGGUCACUGCUGUGGCUUGGAUUCAAUCCAUAGCCCAGGAACUUUCAUAUGCUGGAACUGUGGUCAUCAAAUUAAAAAAAAAAAAGAAUUCGGGGUUCAGAACAAAUGUCAAUCAAAUAAGAGGAUUAAUAAUAACACUGAGUAAUACAUAUUACUUCAUUUACAUGUAGUGUCUCAUUCAAUAUGCACAAUGACCUUGAAACUCAGAUAUCAAGUUUACAUUUUACAGGAAAGAACCUGAAGUUAGAAAAGUUCAUUAACUUGCUCAGGUAAUAAUACUUCUAAGUAAAAAUGCAGGAUUAAAACACAAAUCUAGGAGUUCUCCUCAUGGCUCAGCGGAAAGGAAUCCAACUAGGAACCAUGAGGUUGUGGGUUCAAUCCUUGGCCUCAAUCAGUGGGAUAAGUAGGAUAUAGGAUCCGGC